GAGGUGGAGAACCUGUUUGUGAUCCUCUCGGCCAUCCUGCACCUCGGGGACAUUGGCUUCACAGCCCUGACAGACGCUGAGACAGCCUUGGUGGCCGACCUGCAGCUCCUGGAGCGAGUGGCAGGGAUGCUACAGGUUUCACCAGAUGAGCUUGCUUCAGCCUUAACAACUGAUGUUCAGUAUUUCAAAGGGGACAUGAUUGUACGGAGGCACACCAUGGGGAUGGCAGGAUUUUACAGGGACCUCUUGGCAAAAUCUCUGUAUGGUCGUUUAUUCAGCUUUUUAGUCAACACAAUCAACUGCUACCUUCAAAAUCAAGAUGAAGCUGGCAGCGAGCAGGUCUUUGAAAUUGGAAUACUGGAUAUUUUUGGGUUUGAAGAAUAUCAAAAGAAUACUUUUGAACAGCUGUGUGUCAACAUGACCAAUGAGAAGAUACACCAGUACAUCAAUGAGGUGCUUUUCCUACAAGAGCAAGCAGAAUGUGUCCAAGAGGGGGUUGCCAUGGAAACGGUGUAUUCUCCUGGGAACCACUCUGCAGCCUUGGAUUUUUUCUUUCAGAAACCAUCAGGAUUUUUGUCCAUGCUGGAUGAAGAAAGCCAAUCUGUCUGGGCAGUGGAGCAGAGUCUGUCUAAACGCAUCCAGUCUUACCUGGAGACAUCAGACACACACACAGUGUAUUCCUCCACGAAAGAUGGGAAUGGCAACCUUGCCCCAAAGGAUCAGGGCUCCACCUUCACUGUUAUGCAUUAUGCUGGCAGGGUUACUUAUGAAGUUGCUGGUGCAAUAGAAAAAAACAAAGAUUCCCUUUCACAAAAUCUCAUUUUUGUAAUGAAAACCAGUGAAAAUGUGGUUGUCAAUCAGUUGUUCCAGUCCAAGCUGACCCAAACUGGAUCACUUAUUCCUCCAUAUCAUUCCCUUCAAGUCAGAGGGUGUAAAGCAGCUUUGCUGAGUAAGAAGCCAUCAGUAGCCUGUGCAAGUGGAGCAGCAAAGAAAUACAUUGAGCUCAGCAAGCUCUUGAAAAAGAAAGGAACAUCCUCAUUUCUGCAGAGACUGGAACGAGGGGGCCCAACCACUGUGGCAAUACAGCUCAGGAAAUCACUCACAGAUAUCCUUGGGAAGCUGCAGAACUGCACACCACAUUCUGUUCAUUGUAUAAAGCCUAAUAACUCCAAGUUGCCAGAUAGUUUUGACAAUUUUUAUGUGUCAGCUCAGCUGCAGUACAUUGGUGUCCUGGACAUGGUCAAAAUCAUCCGCCAUGGAUAUCCAGUCCGUCUCUCUUUCACAGACUUCUUGUCAAGGUAUAAAGAUUUGGCUGAUACAGCAGCAGGAGAGAAGAAGAAGUUGUCUGCCAAGGAGAGAUGUCGUCUUGUUCUUCAGCAGUGUAAAUUACAGGGCUGGCAGAUAGGAGUCCGAAAAGUCUUUCUUAAGUACUGGCAAGCUGACCACCUCAAUGAUCUGUGCCUUCAGCUGCAGAAGAAGAUCAUAACCUGCCAAAAAGUGGUAAGAGGAUUUCUGGCUCGCCAGCGCUUGCUGCAGAAGAUGAGCAUCAAACAGCAAGAGGUCACCUCCAUCCAGAGCUUCCUGCAGAAGGCUGAGGACCUGGGGCUGAAGGCAUACGACACCCUGGUCAUCCAAAAUGCUGCUGACAUCGCCCGGGAGAGCGACCGGCUCCGCAACGAGCUCAACGCUGCCUACCACAGGGAGAAGCUGGAGCCCAGGGGCAGGCCAGAAGAAGGCCACAAAAGAGCUGAAGACAAGGGUGGGAAGGUCCCCGAGGACAGCUUGGCCGGCUGCCGGGCGCCGAGGCACUUCCACUCCAGCUCGGUGCCCGUCCCCAUGGCCGUGGAUGGCUUGGUCCAUUCUGGGGGUGGGUCGUCCAUCAGAUCCCCCUCCCUGCACUCGGUGUUCAGCGUGGAGGACAGCAGCAGCCUGCCAUCCCCCAGGAAACAGCCUCCUCCCAAACCCAAGAGGGACCCCAGCACGCGGCUGAGCGCGUCCUACGAGGCCGUCAGCGCUUGCCUGGCGGCGGCCAAGGAGACCGCCAACGAAGUACUGACCCGUCCAAGGCCACACAGUGAUGACUACAGCACCAUGAAAAAAAUACCUCCCAGAAAACCAAAACGAAGUCCCAACACCAAACUUAGUGGUUCUUAUGAAGAAAUACCUGGGCAGAAGCCUGGGGAUGGAAAACAGGCAAGCACAGGAGCUAAAGCAGGGGGCUAUGACACUGUGACAAUACAGAAGGCAGCUUCUGCUGAUGGGCCACAGCAUGGUGUGUUGAGUCUCUACAUGUCACAAGAAGAGGAGGAAAAUGAGCCUGUGUAUAUUGAAAUGGUAGGGAAUGCAAUGAAAAGUGGCUCUGCUGAGGCAGAAAGUCCAGAACAAGGAGAGUCUGUGUAUGAAGAGAUGAAGUAUUUUCUACCAGAAGAAGGAAGCAAUGGUAAUGGGAUGAUUCCAGUAGUGACUGGUUCUCCUCCUCUGCUGUUUGAAAGCAAAAAAAAUGUUAAUGUUGAAGAUGGGCCAUUGGAAGGAAACAGCCAAGCAGCUUUGAUCUAUAAAGACUCAUGUGACAUUCCAGCUCCUUUCCCUAACUUGCUUCCCCACAGGCCACCACUUCUUGUGUUUCCUCCCACCCCUGUCACCUGUUCUCCUGCUUCUGAUGAAUCACCUCUAACACCACUGGAAGUCAAGAAGCUUCCUGUCUUGGAAACCAACCUCAAAUACCCCGUGCAGUCAGAAGGCUCCAGUCCAUUGUCACCACAGUACUCCAAAGGUCAGAAAGGGGAGAAUGAAAGACCAACAUCUCCAGGCUUGAUUGUGUUCAACGUUUCCAGCAAAGUGACCCCUCCUUCCACACCACCUCCUCCUCUCCCACCACCCCCUCCUCCUGUACCACCUCCUGUUUCCUACCGGGCUUCCACCCAUUUUGCCUUUCCUCCAGAGACUUGUGCUACUUUUCUGAUCAACACAGGGAAAACAGGUACAAACUCAGACCUGCCAAAAGUACCUCAGAGACCCAAUCCUGCCCAGCUGGGAUGCUCAUCUCCAUUCUCCAAACGGCCUUAUUCCCCAAAGGUGGCGAGAGCAGAGCACAGGAAACUCAACUCCAAUUCCCCAUCCUCAUUUCCAUACAGCCCCACCAACUCGAGGGCCCUGACCAGUCCCCUGGAUGAGUUAACCAGUUUGUUCAGCUCAGGACGGAGCGUGCUGAGAAAAUCUGCAGCAGGGCGUAAGAUCAGGGAGCCAGAAGGUGCUGAAACUAAUCUGAACUUGAGGAGCAGGGAAGAUCCAAAUGCAUCAGAUGUUGGAUCAGAAAACCAGGAUAAAAAUGCAAAUAACCAUGGAACUCAGUCAUCUAACCCACUGCCCAGUUCUGUGACUGCUGAGAAUGGAAAUUCACUAUCAAAUGGUUUACCAGAGGAAAAUGAAUAUUCAAGACUGUCAGCCAGCACUACAGCAGCCUCAUCAGUUCAAAGACACAGGGAGAGCCACACAAGUCAGGUUAUUCACCAGCUCAGACUGUCCGAGAAUGAGAGCGUGGCUCUGCAAGAACUUCUGGACUGGAGGAGGAAGCUGUGUGAAGAGAGAGAAGACUGGCAGCAAAUCUUGCACAACACUGAGCAGAGGAUCACAGCCCCACCUCCACCUCCUUGCAAAAAGCCAACGCUGCUGAAGAAGGUGGAGGAGACCUCCUGCAACAGGCUCUCCUCGGGGCUAUGGGAUACCAGCAUGUGA